CGUUCCAUGCAACUACAGUCGUCACCAAUUCACUCCUACGGCUUUCGUCGCCCCACCAAGCCCUCUGGUCGUACUCGCGACAAUUUGGUUUCAUCUCCCACCAGUCUCGAUAUCAGUCGUCUCCAUCCAGAGGAUGCUGCGUCUAAGACCUUUUUGGCCAUUUCACGCGCCCUUUUGUCCGUUGACAAUCGCGCUAUGACCAUCAAGGACCUUGCUGAAAUGACAGUUGCUCAAGGUCUUGUGUGCCAGAAUGUUUCUGCGGCCAGCCAAGCUAUCACCACGUAUAUUCGCACUCAUCUCUCGCGCGUGGAAUUCCAAAACGACCAUCCUCUCAUUCUCAAGCACGUACUCUCCGGCACUCCUGAUGAUGACGACCUACUUCCUGCUCUGCAUUCAACUUCGGGCGGCGCUCACGGUGGAAUGAAUACCGAGAAUCGCACAACCAAUUUCCGUCGAGGAACCAUCGUUUGGUAUCUAAGCGGAGCCACUGGUGCCCCUUGUCCCUUCGCCCGGGCUGGAAUAAUGUUAUGCGAAUACGGGGAGACUGGACGUGGCCAUUCUCAAAACGCCGUCAACCGAGACAAGAAAAAGGCCCGUGACGCUCCCGAUGAACACUGUGGUAGCAAGCGAAAGCGGUCGCUGAGAGGAGGCGAUGCUCUCAACUCGGAUUCAGACCUGGAGUUGCCCAAACCGCCACCCAAAGUCAAACUCACUUUACGUCUAAAACCUCUUCGCGCUCUUGCUACUGCAGAGGCUAUGGUAGACGAGUCUGAUGGGCAGAAAGAAGAACCCUGGUCUUUGCCCCCCUAUCCCAGACGAUCUAUCUCCAUUCCAUGCUGCACGCCGUCUACCGACAGCCUUUAUUACUAUUCUCAGCGACCAUACCAGCGCUCUUCUUCCGUCCCCUAUAGCGUGGUGGCUUCACCCCCUCCUGACUCUGAAGACGAUAAUGAUGAUUUUCACAUCUCCAUGACCGACUCUCAACGAGCAUCUUCUAGUCGAGCCCGUUAUCGCAAACAUGAUGACGAAUCUGACUGGGACGACGACAACGAUGACAACGAAAGUGAGGAUGAUGGCGAAACCAUGUGGGAAAGUCCAGGUCCACGUUCACCAUCUGCUCCGGCUUUAGCCGAGAUUGAGGUCAAACAAGAACCCCGCGACGAAGAAGCCGCCUCAAAUCUGGUCGUCGACAAUAUUAAAGUCGAGCUUGACGAUGACUGGGAUUGGCAUCGUUUGCCUUGGGCUCACGAAGGUCUCUUUAUCAAGCAGGAAGAAGACUUGGAGUGUCUGUCAUUGUCGAGUUCAUUCGACCCAGGACCCUCCUCCCCCUUGUCCCCGCCUCCGUUAUUUGCUCUCGACUCGCCCAGGCGUGUUAGUGAUCCUCUCACGGAAAUCGAACUCAACAAGGCAACUUUGCGACCACGGUCUAAAACACUUCCUCCCUUGUCUGCCUAUUUCAGUUCACCUGUGCUUCGGCCUCAACAACCGCCUCCUCUCGUCACCCAUUCCCUCACGUCACUCAUCCAGAGCAUGUCUGUGAGCAGUCCAGCGUGUGUCUCCCCUCAAGAAACCCGUUGCGAAGGUUCCACUUCCCAGCCCGUUGUUGUUCAUCCACGCCUGCCAACUCCCAAUUCACCAGCCAUCAUUGCAACACAGUUGGAAGGCAUCUCCGUGUAUCAAACCACAAUUGGCAACGUAGUUCUUCUCAGAAGGCUCGAUACGGACUUCGUCAAUCUCACACCUAUCGCUGCCGUUUCUCGCGUUUCCCUGCCCCACCCCAACACUAUUCCAAAUGCUACCGUAAUAUCGCGAGGCUCUACAGCCGUUUGUGGUGUCUGGGUCCCUCUCUCUGCUGCCCAAACCUUUGUCCGUACCCACCCCUCGCAAGCCAAGACACUCAAUACCUUCCUUUCCGACCGUCUCGCAUCACGCUUUCCAUCAGCUCUGAACAAAUGGAAGGAGGAUGCUCCAAAGGGUCCCAAUCUGGGUGUCUUUGGUCAACAUUUUGGUUCAACCGUCCAACCCACUACAUUGUGUGGCGAUGGCGAUGGAGGAGAGUUGGACGUUGCUUCCUUGCUGACAUCGGUCACGCCUAAUUUCCCGGUCACCGCGGUUCCGUCAGGGAGCUCGCCUGAACUUCCUCUAAGCUCGACCGAACAGCAGAUAUUCCGCGAGCUUUGCGUUACAACCGAAUGGGACCACGACGUUGAGUCGGCACCAUCCUCGCCACUUUCUGAUAUUCCUCUCGAUGAUAACGACUUGCCUCCGCCCCCUCCACCGAUAAUUGAAAGAGCUGCUCGGCAAUUACGGCGGUCAAAGCGAGUGGCUGACUCCAACAAAGUCACUCCCACUUGUAGAGGAAGGGGUCGCGGCCGACCCAGACGCACUUGA